UACUGUCACCGCAUUUAAGCUGUUUGUUAAAAUGGACAUGUUAAGAGACGAAGAAGUGCAUGAGCUGAAAUACAAACCUGGGGGCCGCUUGGAUAUGAGCCAUGGCUUCCUGCACCAUAUCCGGAGGAACCAGAUUGCUAGGGAUGACUAUGAUAAAGAGGUGAAGCAAGCAAAAGAGGUGAAGCAAGCUAAAGAGCUUCAGCGGCGGAGGCACACCACAACCCCUAGACGACCCCGUCGACCUGAUAUUCAAGUGUACCAUCCUCGACGCAGACAUGGAUCAGAGCCGGGGGCCAGUGCUGAGGCUGAAGAGUCUAAUGAGAGUGGGUCGAGCACAGAGACGGAGACCCAUGGUACUGAACUCUUCUGGCUUGACUAUCAGGCAGACUCUGGUACCAUUACCUCCUUCCUUGUGCACAAGGAGGAUAAUCCUGAGAAGGUGGUGGAACGUGUCACAGAGAACAAUAUCCUAGAUUCAGCCAUGAGGGCAGCUCUAGAGGCUCGACUUCAAAAGGAAAUUGACAAAAGACGAGACAAACGCUGAGUGAUAUUCUCAAAUAGUAGAUUAUGAUGACAGAGGGGCUACACGCAAAGAGGAGCAAGACUUCAUUUGCAGUUCUACACUCCUAGAAAGCAUCAAUGCUGUUGACAGUGUAAAAGGAGGACUCUGGGAUCAUGAACAGUGACUGUCAGAAGAGAUCCAACUUGAUGAGCCACAAAUAAUCCGUCUUCUGUUUUCUAAGGAGAAGGAACAGCACUUAUCAAAGACAGUAUAGUUGGGAGUUGACUGUCAUGUUUACUACAUUUUACUCCCCGUGGAUUGUUACCUCAUACCCUCAUUCAUAACUUUAAGGACACGUUGUGAGAGAGCACUGUUAACCAUCCUCCUCUGUUGAACAUGUCCUGUGUUUCUUGUGUUUACAAAGAUCUAGUUUUUUAUAAACAAGAUUUUGACUUUUCUUGGAAAAAUGCUGUGAAGGGAACAUCAGUCUAUCAGCGAUUCUAUGUUUAGAAAUGUGAGAAUUUAGUUUGGUUUCUUUUUGAGUUGGAGUUUAGUGGAUGUCCAUGAUGUGUUUGUGUGGAAACUGUGUUUCAUUGUUUUCAGUAUUCUAAUUUAUUUUAGAUUGUUGAAAUACUUUUAUUUUUGAUACUGUAAUAUUUUGAGGACACAACUCAGUAUAUGUAUAAAAUGACACAUAUAUAUAUAAAGGCAUUUAUGACUGUCCAAAUGUGUCAUAAAAUGAUAUGCUGUUAAAACACUCAAAUCGGGGAAUAACUUUGAUCACUUCUAUCCUGAAAUAUACAUAUUGGUGGGAAUAUAGAAUUGAAAAAUACUUACUGAAGAACAGCAAAAUACUGUAUCACUUUAAACUGAGUGAUCGAAGUGUUUCACAUCAUGUCCUCAGCAGGUGGCAGUAUGAAUCAGCUUUUCAGACUGCAUGCCAUCUUCUGUGUCUAAACUCUUUUUUUUUUUUUAUCAUAAGUCAAAGCAGUGGAUAGUAGCACUGUGUUACAAGAAUACAAGACAAAUAGCCAAACUGUAAUUUUCUAUACACAAGAAAUGAACAGCUAUUCUCAAUCCUUCUGAAAUGUCACUUCUGUGGGCAAGGACACUUCAGGUACUACUUGUUGAACUUGCAUCAUUUUUUACUCAAAAGGUAGAAAUAAACUGGAGAGCUAAA